UUGAAAACCUUAUUUGAGAUUAUUUAUGUUUGUAAUUAAUCAGUGACGUAAUAUAGUGUCUGUGUAGUGAUGAUUAGGACGAAUAGCUGUCUCCUGAGGGUGGUAACUCAUCUUGUAAGAAGUAUGAGCGGCCAGACACCACAACCAUCCCAGCUAUCCCAGGCAUCCCAGCCACCCCAACCAUCCCAGCCACCCCAACCAUCCCAGCCACCCCAACCAUCCCAGGCAGGAGAGAGAGGAAGGUGUACUUUCUGCAAGAUCUCUGAUGGCAUUGAACCGAGUAACAUCGUUCAUCAGGACGAAGAGUUUGUGGUGUUCCCGGACAUGAGACCAGCAGCACCUCACCACUACCUAGUCAUCACCCGUCACCACUACACUGAUGUUAAGAGCCUAACUAAAGAAAACAUUCCUAUGGUGGAAAAAAUGGUGAAGCUGGGACAGGAAGUAUUGACGGCACAAGGCGGAUCAACAAGCGCUGCGAGGCUAGGUUUUCAUUGGCCCCCCUUCCACACGGUCAGUCACCUGCACCUCCAUAUAAUCGCCCCAGAGAGUGAGAUGGGUUUCAUAUCACGAGGAAUGUUUAAAACUAAUUCUUUCUGGUUUGUGUCGGUGAGUAAUGUUUGUUUUUAGUAUCGCUCGAGU